UCAUCAUGGUGUUAUCAAUGAAACGAUGGGUUGGUAAAGUAGCGAUAGUUACAGGUGCCAGUUCUGGUAUCGGUGCUGCUAUUGCCAAACAAUUAGUUGAAGAAGGUUUAUUAGUUGUAGGCGUGGCUAGAAGGGUAGAACGGAUCGAAAAUUUAUCUAAAAUUCUAGAAAAUAAACCGGGUAAACUUUUUGCGUUUAAAGCUGACCUGUCGAAUGAAGACGAAAUAAAAGAAAUUUUUAUUUGGACUACGAACAACGUAGGACCGGUUUCUAUUUUAAUAAACAAUGCUGGUCUUCAUAUCAGGACCGGACUAGUGGACGGUGAUACCGAAGCUUGGAAAACUACUAUAAACGUUAAUUUAUUAGGUUUGUGUAUUGCUACGAGGGAAGCUAUAAAAAUAAUGAGAAAUAACGAUAUCGAUGGUCAUAUUAUCCACAUAAAUAGCUUUUUGGGGCAUAAAGUAGUUGAUAUACCUAAUUUAGAUGUUUAUCCGGCUUCUAAGUAUGGAGUUACCGCAUUAACUGAAACUUUAAGAUUAGAAUUGAACAGUUUAAAAUCAAAAAUUAAAGUUACUAGUAUCAGUCCUGGUAUGGUGGAUACAGAAAUUUUCGAUAGCGUAAGACAUACGAAAGAAUUUAAAGAUAAUAUUCAAAAAAAUAUGCUCCAACCUGAAGAUAUCGCUGAUGGUGUAAUUUAUACACUGUCUACAGCACCACACGUACAGGUUCAUGAACUCACUAUAAAACCAAUUGGAGAAAAAUUCUAACCAGUUUUUUCAUAUAUUAUGAUAAACUUGUAUUAAAAA